AUGAGCCGAGAGGAGUCGGAUGUUGAUGAUGAGCUCGUUGACGCUGAGCUUUAUCUUGAAUCGAUGAUCGAGAUUGCGCAGAACGAGACAACCGGCGGACAUGACGAGGAUCCGUUCGAUCGUCGCAACGAGUACGACGACGACGUGGACCCGAAUGCCCCGCCCCCGGCGUUUACACCGGACCCGCCGCAAUUCGACGACGACGGCGAUAUUCGGCGAUUUUCGUUCAGCAAUGUUGAUUUAAGGCAAUUAAAAGGCGAAAGCGGCGGCGGCGACGUCGAUGAGACGAGCGCGACGCUGGAAUUUCGCGCGACCGACGAAUUGUUGGAGUAUUGCGAGCAAUCGCGCGAGUUCGAUGAGAUUUGGCCGGUUUUGCGUGCGCCGCGAAUUGCGCACGAAGCGAUCUGUGAGCUUCUGGCAAGGGACCAAUUGAGCCCGAUGUUGGAGCAACUAGUCGAGGUCGUCGAGCUCGACCUUCUCGCCGCACAAUUCACGAAUCCCAACGUCGAUGAUGAACGACAUUUGCCGUUCGCGUCGAAAAUCGCCGAGAAUGCCGUCGACGAUAUUCCGACGACGGUAUGA